AUGUUCGAUGAGCCAGUCGCCUGGUACAUGGCGAACGAUUAUGAGCUUUCAAACUAUGGCACAGAGACGCCACUCAUGUCCGAGGUUGGCCAAGUCGGCGAAAAAAUUGACCUCGAAGAUUCAAGUAGACAAAGGCUGCGUUCAAGUCCUUUGAGAGAUUCUUUUAUGCAGGUCGGAUCAGCGCAACAAAAAUACCAACCCUCGUCUAAAUUGAGGUUGGGUGUGCCUCUUGCCUGA